ACACAACAAAACGUUGUCAUACCCAAGCAAAGAGUAGAGUAAGUUUACAAGUCAUACCACAAGAAAUAAUAUAACCACAAAAGUUAUCUAAUUAUAAUUGCUAAUAAUAAUAAAAAUGAAGGCAGUUGACACGAUACUGUUCGAUAUAUCUAAAAAUGAACACUUCAAGAUCAACGAAAACUUCAAGAUGCUGCAUCGCAAAUUGAAAAGCGCUUGGAAGGUCAUGAUAAAUCGCGAAGAAAUAUCUCCUCACAUACUCCAGGAUGUAAAGAUUUUAGUAAUACCAGGACCACAGAAUGCAUUUACAGAUGACGAACUUGCAGCGCUUAAAACUGUGGUAGAAAGGGGAGACUCGGUGUUAGUAAUGAUGACAGAUGGAGGGGAAGAACGAAUGAACACUAAUAUCAACUUCUUUCUGGAAGAGUACGGAAUCGUUGUCAACAAUGAUUGUGUUGUUCGCGCAAAAUAUCACAAGUUCUACCACCCUAAAGAGUGUCACAUAUCGAGUGGAAUUCUCAACCGUGCUGUCUUGAAGUACAUUAUGAAAAUGCCAAAUUAUAUCAGUGAACCUGACGAUUUUCUCGAAGACCCGGCAACACCAAAUUUUGUGUAUCCCUACGGUGCAACGUUAACAGUAAAGAAACCCUCCGCAGCAAUACUUUCCAGCAGCGACGUGUGCUACCCUGUCAAACGGCCAGUUGCUGCCAUGUACAUCUCAGAGAAGAGUGGUGGAAAGCUUUUCGUCAUCGGAUCCGGACACUUUUUCGCAGAUCAAUACUUAGACAGCGAAUGCAAUGACCUCAUUAGGGAGAUGAUUUUCAACUAUUUGGGAGGUGUUACAGACUUUCAUCUCAAUCCAGUCGACGUUGAAGAUCCUGAUGUCAAUGAAUAUCGGACCUUGGGGGAUACUCUCUGGCUAAGCUCGGUACCAUUACCAGAGCCAGCCAGCACUCCACCGCCGCGCCUCGCACCGUUGCAUCCUCACGCGCUGUUCACUUGGACACUGUUCUCGCUAAAUCUGUCGCAUCUGCCUGAAGUACUAGGUUUAUAUGAAGAGCUAGGCGUUAAACAUGAGCCUUUAAGACUGAUAACUCCACAGUUCGAGACACCUUUUCCACCACUUCAGUUAGCUGUGUUCGCACCAACCUUUAGAGAACCUCCUCCUCCACCAUUAGAGCUGUUCGACCUGGACGAGGCAUUCAGCUCUGAGCGCUCCCAGCUCGCCAGACUCGCUAACAAAUGUCUGCAGCCUCACACAGCAAGAAUGGGACAAGGGGACGGCAGACAACUGGAAAACGAAUUGGAAUAUUUUGUGCGUGAAUGCGGUCGCGCCGUGCGACUGUCGCGAGCAGUGGUCACAGACGAGGCGCCCGCCGGAAAGCACAUAUUGCACCAGCUCGCCGUGCAGCUGGCGACCUUCAAGAAGAUUGCACCACGCGAUUAGCCCAUUAACCCUUAGAUCAACAUAGAUUUGAAAUACCUGCCCCCCAUCCCAAAG